AUGGGAAGACCAGAGCAGCGGGUUUUAGCCAAUGGGAAGACCAGAGCAGUGGGUUUUAGCCAAUGGGAAGACCAGAGCAGUGCUAAAUGGGCAUACACUGUAUUGUUUUAUUUAGGUCCCGACGGGGAGCACCACUGGUCCAAGCACUACCCAUUCUGUGGCGGAACAUUCCAGUCACCCAUAGACAUCCAGACCCAGCUGCUGAGGUUUGACCCCACACUACGUCCAAUCGAGCUCCAGAACUACAACCUCUCAGCCAAUGAGCAGCUGACCCUCGGGAACAAUGGACACUCCAUUCAGCUGUCCCUACCCAGGAGGAUGUAUCUGUCCAGCCUGCCUCACCGUUACACUGCUGCUCAACUCCACUUCCACUGGGGCUCAGAACACCUGCCUGUCGGAUCAGAACACACCGUCAACGGCAGACAGUUUGCUGCCGAGAUGCAUAUGGUGCUCUUCAACUCAGACAAGUACCCCAACAUCUCUGUGGCAGCAGACAAGUCAGACGGCCUGGCUGUACUGGGAGUUCUGAUAGAGGUCGGGGAAUUCAACCCAGCGUUCGCUCAGUUCCUCAAGUACAUCAAUGGUAUUAAAUACAGAGAUCAGAGGGUGCAGGUCCCAGCCUUCAACAUCCGCAGUCUGCUGCCUGUACUCUUGGAUGAAUACUACCGUUAUGAUGGCUCGUUGACCACUCCCCCCUGCUAUCCCAGCGUGCUUUGGACUGUGUUCAAAAACCAUGUCACCAUCUCACUCAAACAGUUUCUGGCCCUAGCAACGGCCAUCUACUCCUCCCACCAACAGGAGUCGGCCCCAGUGGCCAUGAACAGCAACUACAGGAAACCACAGUACACGGACAACAGAGUUGUGCUCUGCUCUUUCCAGGGGGGCAGAGGACUACAGGGUGCUACUCAGACGGUCACCUCUCCGUUCCUGAGGAGGCAGGUCAUCAACCAGCUGUUAGAUGGAGACCUGGCAGACCUGGCAGACCAGGAUGGGCUUAACAAGCUGUUAGAUGGAGAUCUGGCAGACCAGGAUGGGCUUAACAAGCUGUUGCCCAAGAAGCCCAGAGCACCGGGCAAGAAGUGGAAUAACCUCAAAAACCACCAGAAAGGCUGGACCCAGAGCCAUAUUGGGUCCAAGCACUACCAGAACACCGGGUCUCAGACCCAGAACAGCCUCCAGCAGCAGCGGUCGAAUCCCAAUAAGGUACCAUCCGGGGGGGCAGGAGCUGCCAGAUUAGUCCCAUCUCCCUGGGAGAACCAACAGAACAGGCAACCUGUGUGGAAGUCAGGUCUGAGCGAGGACAUGCUGUGUUACGUCUCCUUGGAGCAGGACGUGUCUCGCCAGCUGAGCAGAGGGAGAUCCCCUACCCAUACAGACACCGAGCUGGUCCAGGCUCUCAGAGAAACUCUGUUCCCAGAGCUCAACCUGCGCAGCUACCUGGGCUGUAAGUCUGACCUGGCUCUGUUCACCGUCAGACAGCUCCUACGGGGAAGAUCAGCCACAGAUGAGGCCCUGGAGCUGGACCAGGCCAUUGUCAAGGCCUUGGGGGGGACAGGGCAGAGGGGCUCCACAGCACAGCAGCAGACCAAAACUCUCUCCAAGCACCAAACAGGCUUCGCUCCUGCCCCUGCUGCCGUGCCUAAGAAACCCAAUCAGCCAAUCCCAUGGCUCCAGCCUAUGGAGUGGGAGGACUAGAGUCUAGCCAGAUGUGUAACCACCAUCAGCCUCACCCUCAGCUCAAUCUAUGUUUCCUUAAUAUCUAAAACGGGAUUAAACCUACUCCACAUUUUUGAAAGUGAAAUAAAAAUGAUAGAAAAUGUUCAAAAUGACUAAGAAAUACAAAAUGAGGACGUAUUGAUUGUGUAUGUCUUCACACCCCAUAUUUGGUGUGAGACACAUUUGGCAGGAAUCACAGGUGUGAAUACAUUUGAAUAUGAUUCUACCAACCUUGCACAACUGUUUGGGCAGCAUGUCAAACCUCUAAGAAUAUAUUCCACAUUUUGUUGUGUUACAGCAUUUAAAAUGUAUUACAUGGAUGUUUUGUUUUACCGAUCUACACACAAUACCACAUAUCGGCAAAGUGGAAUUUUGUUUGUAAUUAUAAUUUUUGUAUCCCACAUUUUUUUAAGCUGAAAUGUCUUGAGUCAAUAAGUAUUCAACCUCUUUUGUUAUGGCCUAAAUCAGUUCAGGAGUAAAGAUGUGCUUAACAAAUUGCAUAAUGUACAGCAACAACCUGGGGAAAAGUUACAGGGAUAAAUG